UGUUUCAAGCAGCGUGUUUCCGUUUUGCUAGUCUUCUUAGCAUCGGCUUGUCAGAUUACGUCUAACUCUAGAAAUGAUUCCUUCGUUCGAGAAAACUCGAUUCGUCCGGUUUCUCGUUGUUUGUUUCUUGCCGAUAAUUCGCAUAAAUUCCGCGCAACAAUGUUUCGACGAUGGAAACGAAUUUUGUAUCGACGAGAACGAUAUUCUUUCCGUCGAUCUCUUGCCUGGCUCCUUCUUGUUCGCGGAUCAAGAAACUAGCGCGAACGCGACGAAAAGUAUCGAGGAUAAAAUCGUGGAUGGAACCAUCCACGAUGCCAUAAUCGAGAUGGAAUAUCACAGGAAAAGGAUGAACGAAUAUUUGUGUCACGGCUACAUGGCCGAGGAAAUAGCAAAGUUAAUGAGGACGCCUCGAGUUAAGAGACGAUUGGACGCGGGGAAAGAUGAUUUAUACGACACGAUCGAUAACGUCACCGUUCACGAUAAAUUAUUAGCGGACGAGGGAAGUUCCAAGUACAAAAACUGGCUGCAAAGAAGGACGACUUUGGACGACGUGUACAGGCACUACGUUCCUCGAAGGAAAACGAAGAAGAAGCAUGGUAAUCAGGACGAGAGUUUAGAGGAAUUCGAUGGGGAAGUGACAGGUUACGCGAUGCCGGCUGCUUUACCAUCCGGUAAAGUUGGUUUCUACGAUGGACACGACGAGGAGCAUGAUCACAUGCUCCCAUCCUCAACGGGACAUUUCUUUUACGGCCAUCCUGCAUACGGUCACGGCGGUGGUGGUGGUGGCGGCCAUUACCUGCAUCACACGGAAACUUAUCCCGCUAUACACGAGGAACAUUAUUACGCUCCAAUUUACCAAGAUCACGAGGAGGAAUACCAUAAACAGAACUACAAGGGGAAAGGAAGCGAUCUUUCGAUAAAGGAUUUUUUCGAAAUCGCCCUCACAGCCUUGGCCUUCUUAUCCUUUGGAGUAUUCAUUAUACAUUUGUUGAUGAACGCCACGACGAACAUGAACACAACCAUGACCACGACGACCGCCAAACGUCUAAGAAGGGAUCCGAGUGGAUUGUUGCACUUAUCCUACGACGAUCAACAGGAAUUGAACGAAUUGUCUCACACCGUUCUUAGAAGCAUCGAGGCUGCCCUCGUCGCUGACUUAGAUUUUGGAAAUUGCAUUCGUAGAAUUCUAUGCGAGAGCAACCGAUACUCGACCGAAACCAAGGACCCUCGUAAAAUUUGGCUGCCCGUUUGGAGUUUAGGAAUGAGUUGGGUAACCGGCAGGGUGUUGGAGAGAUCUCGAUGGUCGGCAAUGCUGGAUUCUGUAAAAGCUUCUGUGCUCGGGCUAGGUGGAGCCGAUUGUGCAUCCUUGUAUCCCGACUGUGAUCUCAAGAGAGAAAGAAUGAAAAGAAGACGCAGAAGGCGCAGAAAAUAACAUUUCCUUUAUUUUGCUUUUCGUCCCAUCCUUAUCAUACGCGUUAUCGGUGAAAAGAUGAAAUUACAAAGGUGAAUUUUUCCUCGCGAACGAUCGAGUACGUAUAUAUAUGUGUGUAUAUGUAUAAUAAAUAUAAAGGUGAAA